UUUGCAGUUUGAAUCAAUUUUCGAUAGAGAAAAACAAAGCAUUAUCCCCACUUCUGAAAAGCACAAACUAAUACUGAUGAGCUGAUUAUCUUGUCCCAUCAUCUCUUUCAUUUUCGUUAUACCGUUGCUUUUUCCCUAUCCACAAAAGAAUAAGCAAAGGGGUCGAUUUAGUGCUCCCACGUCCACGAUGUCUUCUCCUUCGAGUUAAUCUGGACAUAUUCCUUUCACUGUUCAUGCGUUUAUGCGGGUUUGUUAAUUGCGGACCUAUCCGGGUUUGAAGUAUUGAAAUGAUUAGGUUUAGACUAGUUGAGUUUCACCGACUCCUACAAUUCCCCAGCAGAAGCACAUAGUUGCAGAAAUCAGUGGAUUUGUUAAUGGAGGAAAAGCAGUUGGACUUCGUGCUGGUGCCGCUGGGCAUGGGGGUGUUGCUGGCUUAUCAUGUUUGGCUUCUCUUCACCAUAGUAAACAACCCCAGGAAAACUGUAAUUGGUCUGAAUGCUGAGAGCCGCCACAAAUGGGUGUUCUGCUUGAUGGCUGAUCCAUUGAAAAACGGUGUUUUAGCAGUGCAAACGAUACGCAACAAUAUAAUGGCAUCUACACUUUUGGCGACCACUGCUAUCACUCUAAGCUCACUGAUAAGUGUAUAUGUCAGCAAUAAAUCGAGCUCUCCAUCAUUGGCUUUGGUGUAUGGAAAUAGAACUUCGAUCAUGGCUUCUGUGAAGUUCUUUACUAUCUUGCUUUGCUUUCUGGUCGCCUUUCUUUGCAAUGUGCAGUCUAUUAGGUACUAUGCCCAUGUUAGCUUUCUUGUCACUGUGCCGACAUUCCAAGACAGAAAAGAUGUAAUUGAAUAUGUAGCCAGAAACUUGAACAGAGGAAGCUUCUUUUGGUCACUCGGACUGCGCGCAUUUUACUUGUCCUUCCCUCUCUUCCUUUGGGUGUUUGGGCCAAUACCCAUGUUCGUAUGUUGCUUCACGAUGUCGUUAGUUCUCUAUUUCUUGGACACCACAACGAGCUUUACCAGGGAUCUGCACAGUCACUCUAUUAAGGCGGAGACCAUUGCUGAUGAUGUGGAGUCAGUUGUACACCCAAACAUAACUGUUGUGGAGAGCUAGCAAAUAGUGCUCAUUGUUAUUGUGCUUAGAGGAAGAGUUUUUGGCAUGGUUGUUUGGCAUCUCACUCAUCUUGUUUAAUCUCAAGGAGAAAAAAUGAGUUGAAAUGAGUUUGGUUGAGAUGGAAUUCUUUCUUUCUUUAGGUAUGUGAUUGGUGGUGAAAUAAAAAUGUAAUGAUAGUAGUUGAUGCAACGCGUAAUGUGUUAGGUAAGAAAAAUAAUAUGACAGUUGAUGUAAUAUGGUUUGAGUUAUUCUUCCUUAAUGUCCCAUUUACUUCGAGUAA